AUUUUAACACCGAAAUUGCAAAGGAAAGCGGCGACUCUUUUGGUUGAUUACAUAAACCAUCUCCACAGAUGGAAAAUGAAUUAUGCAGCCUAUGAUUGGUUGAUUUUAACCAGAUCAACAAACGACUAUAAAUAUAUAAAUAAUGUGCUUAAUACAACAGAAUUGCGUUUUGAUCAGAACAUCGUUCUUCAGAAGACUUGGGACAAUGAUAGUUCAGAUGUAGGAAUUACCGUUAAAGGAACGCAUAUAUUGCAGUACUUUAAGGCACGAGUUAACUCAACACUCUAUGCAGCGUACUUAGGUAAAUGGAAUAAAAAUAUAUCGAUGGCUGCUGUAAAAGUUCCAUACCCGGUGGAAGUGAGGAAUGUUUUGGGUGAAAAAAUAAAUGUGGGAAGGAGUAACUCAUCACACGACGAUAAUUAUGUUUUGGAUGAAAACUUCUCCACCGCACAUGAGCUGUGGGACGACAUACUACACUUUAUUACAAAACGUAUGAACACUACACCUUCGACACAGUAUUACAGCAAGCUAGGGUCUCGGACAUAUGAGGGGGUGUGGUCGGGUCUGCUCGGGGCACUUUCUGAUAAUUCUAUUGAUAUUGCAUUUGAACCGGUCACCGAACAAACGUUAACGGAGAGACGAGAUCUGGACUUCGUGUUUCCGAUCGCCAAGACAAUGUGCAACAUCUACAUCCGCAACCAAGAGACAUCCGCAGUCCGAGAUAUAUUCCUGGCCCCAUUUAGUUCCCGCCUGCUAGUAUGUGUGAUUGCUGUCAUAAUUGUAACGUCAUUAGCAGUUGUCGUCAUCAGUAGACUCACUAUUCAGCUGGCACGGAACAAGCGACGGAAGAUGGAGUAUACUGAAGCUAUGGUUUGGUCAAUGGGGAUUAUUUGUCAACAAGGUGGUUCCUGGACUCCACGCAGCCCAUCAGCUAGUAUACUGUUGAUCGUGUGUCUCUUCUUCGCUGUGAUCACCUACAACGCAUACGCUGCGUUCAUUACCUCCGUACUCUCUGUUCGCGUCGCCACAGUAGCCACUGUUGCUGACGUUCUUAGAUCUAACGAAAUGAAAAUAGGUUACAUACGAAAUGGACCGGACCAGAUAUAUUUGAUGUCGACUAAAGACAUACAGCUAAAUGAAUUUUAUAUUCGUGGAUACUCCGAAGCGGAAAAUCUAGUAACGUCAGCAGAGGAAGGACUAUCGCGUGCGGCCAGUCAAGAUUAUGCGUUUUUUGCUGGACAACUUGUAGCGAGAACGACGUUAAGGUCAUUGAGUCAGGCUCGAGGACGAUGUGCGCUGCGAGAACUUCCUGUACCUUCCACUCGAACAGAUCUCUCAUUUCCUCUUCCGCACUGCUCUGCCUACGCAAAACCGAUACUGCUCAGUUUACUGCAGUUAAGAAGCAGUGGAGUUCUGUCGCGAUUGGCUGCAGCACUGGUUCCAGCCAUGCCUCAAUGCUCACCACUGUCAGGGUUUGCGUCAGCCCGGGCUGCAGACGUACGAACAGCAUAUCUGGUCAUCAUCGCUGGGUUCAUCAUUUCCAUUGCUAUUGGCGUUGGGGAAUACGCUUGGAAGAACCGCAAAAACUGUAGAGCGACUUUGCAUAUUUAUUUCAAACGUAUGCUAAAUAUGUUCUGAUUGAGUAUGAAAAUUGUUGAAAUUGUUUCAUUUGAUGUAUUUGUUCUCAUUUACAUUCAAGUGGUUCAUCUAAUAUCUAUAUAUGUCCAGUUAUUUUUUUAGGAUUUAAUAAACAUAGUCGUAGGUACAGUUUCA